CAUGUCUGGCCGCGGCAAGGGCGGGAAGGGCCUGGGCAAGGGCGGCGCCAAGCGCCACCGCAAGGUGCUGCGCGACAACAUCCAGGGCAUCACCAAGCCCGCCAUCCGGCGGCUGGCCCGGCGCGGCGGCGUCAAGCGCAUCUCCGGCCUCAUCUACGAGGAGACCCGCGGGGUGCUCAAGGUGUUCCUGGAGAACGUGAUCCGGGACGCCGUCACCUACACGGAGCACGCCAAGCGCAAGACGGUCACGGCCAUGGACGUGGUCUACGCGCUCAAGCGCCAGGGCCGCACCCUCUACGGCUUCGGGGGCUGAGCCCCCGGCUUCCCAGCUCGUUUCCUACUGAGAACUAAAGGCCCUUUUCAGGGCCCCCACUCUUUCAUCCGAGGAGCCCUGACGCUGGUUUCCCUUUAACUUGUGUUAGAUUGCGGCCUUGAAAGAUACACCCAUUCCCUUAGAAGAAAGUUUCUCUGUACAACUAGAGAAGAGACGGGUCCUGUAGUUUUCCAUGUUUUCACGCGGGGGUUUGGAGAGUUGUAUUAAGUUAAUGACACUGGUACUGUAUCAGACGGUGGAACGUUAAUUGGCGUGCCAGUUGGAAGGAAACGGGUUUAGGACUUGAGCAGAACGGCUUUCUCGGUAUGGACGGAAUGCAGGUUUUGGGGUUGAAAACAAGAACAGCAGGUCCCUCCGCGCUGAAUUCGUGAGAAGGCGCGUUUCCGUGGACACAAGGCCUUACAAUUUAGUCCUCUCCAUUCUGGUGCCAG